CGGCGGGCAGCUUUCCGCGCCGGAGCGUCCUACCCUGGGGAGGUCGGGGACGUAGCUGGGCCGGGCCACCCGCUCACCGGCGAGGGCGACAGCGGGGGGAGCGGGUUCCCCGGCCGGGAGGAGUGGGCUCGGGCCAGCGGGCGGAGCCCCUGUCCCUGGCGCGCGGGCGGGCGCCUCGACAAGCAGUGGAGCCACCGGUGGCGUGCAGGCGACUCGUCCUGGUGGUGCUCCUGAAUUAGAAAAGCUGCUUUGAAGUCAGCUUCAGCAGACCUUUUGAUGCCGAGCCUUCCUAUACGGAUUUGCUCCACAUCUUGUUUAGAAAAUGGGCCCUCCAGCACACCUCGUUACCAUCAGAAGGAGCGGGGUCGACGGCCACCACUUUCCUCUGAGCCUUAGCACCUGCUUGUUUGGAAGGGGUAUCGAAUGUGACAUCCGUAUCCAGCUUCCUGUAGUGUCAAAACAGCAUUGUAAAAUUGAAAUCCAUGGACUGGAGGCAAUAUUGUUUAACUUAAGCUCCACAAAUCCAACACAAGUAAAUGGAUCUGCUAUUGAUGAACCUGUACAACUAAAACAUGGAGAUGUGAUCACUGUUGUCGAUCGGUCUUUCAGAUAUGAAAAUGAAAGUCAUCAGAAUGGAAGCAAGUCAAGUGAAUUUCCAGGACAAAGACACGAACAGGAACCAAGGCGUGGGGACUCAAGAUCCAGCUUCUCUUCCGACCCUGAGGGGAAAGUUCAAGAUUCCAAUGCCCAUUCAAAACUCACUGAAGCAAACAUCUCAGGAAGGCCUCUGGUCCAUGCCAAGAAUGUCAGAGCAGCCGGGACUGACUCAGGUGGCCCAGAAGAUCUUGCUGCAGGGAAAACACUUAAUGCUGUUCAUUCAUCCGAACUUCCUGGAGGUAAUCACAGACAUAGAAUGGACCCCACUGCUGGGGAUUUUGAAGAGGAUUCCAGUGUAGCAUUAGUGAGCUGUGAUGGAGCACUGAAGUCUUUUCCCUGUACACAGUGUCUUGAGAAUAGUGAAAAAAAUAAAUCUCCCUUUAGGAAGCUUUAUGAGUCAUUGAAGGAAGAGUUGGAUGUGAAAUUAGAAAAAGAGAAUGUUCAACAGAAUCGUAGGAGGUCAGGAUCAAAGAGUCGUCGCACAGCCGAGCAAGAAAAUGCUGGUGGUCUACAGGGUGAGACACAGCUACUGGUCUCACUUAAAUCCAGACGGAGAUCUAGUCGAAGCAUCCAAGUUAAGGCAGACCCUGCUUCGGGAGAAGGAAGCAGCCGGGCUGAGGCAGACGGCAGAGAGGAGAAGCCUUCUCAGAGGCCCAGGUUGAUUGGGAGUCCUGGCACUUCCCUCGUCAAGACGCCGAAACCCAACAGCCCAGUUCAGCAUUCGCAGCAGAAUUCCUCACGAAAACGUCGGCGUGAAGACCUCAGUGCUAUCAGCGGAAGGGCAUCUGUGAGUCCGGACCAAAGCGGAGGCUCCAGGGCAGAUAAUAAAAUAUUUACUCCUACAAAAUUCUUAACUAGAAACCAAACACCCACUAAAACUGAAAAUACUGAUAAUUUUGGAAAUACACCAGAAAAACUCUUUUCCAAAAGGAAGCGGAGUAUUUCUACAAAUGUUGACGUUCUUACUACAGAAAUGGACAUUCAGAGUCAAACGAUUUUAGCUCCACUGGUCGUUCAGGUUGAAAAGAAGAUUGAAGAUGAUUCUGCCGCUCAGCCUGAGAAGCCGGGGCCCCCAGCUGGACGGGUGUGUGCUGCGUCACCCGGCCUUGGUUCUGCUGAUGUCGGCAACUUUGGUGAUGCCAGUAGUAAGAUCGAGGGGAUGGCCCUGAAGAGAAGGCGGGUCUCCUUCGGCGGUCAUCUGCGGCCUGAACUAUUUGAUGAAAACUUGCCCCCGAAUACACCUCUCAAAAGAGGAGAAACACCAAAGAAAAGAAAGUCUCUGGUAACCCUCACCCCACCUGUCCUGAAGAAAAUCAUCAAGGAACAGCCUCAACCCUCAGGAAAAGAGGGUUCCUCAGAAAGCCCUGUGGAAGUGACCGCACAGAACGCAUUUAUGAGCUCUCCAGCUGGGGACCCUGUGGAAACGCCGGCUGCCCGCGGCCUGCGCCGUAGGUCCUGCAUGGCGCCUUCGAUCUCCACCAGCAACUCCCCUCAUCCCACAGAGGCGCCUAAGAGGGGACGGAGGAGGAGCAGCAACUUGCCUUCAAAGAGGACGUCCAUCGAUCGAAGCCAACGCAACAUCUUACAGAUGGUUUAUUCCAGGAGAAGGAGCGGCGCUUCUGAAGCCAACUUAAUUGUGGCCAAAUCGUGGGCAGAUGUGGUAAAACUUGGUGCCAAACAAUCACAGCCUAAAGUUGGGAAGCAGGGCCCCCAGAGACAGCUGAACAAAAGGCAAAGACGAGUCAGUACUCCAAAGAGGCCUACUGGCAGCGUUCACAAUCAAUUUAGUACAGGUCAUGCAAACUCUCCUUGUACCAUAGUAAUAGGGAAAGCUCACAUUGAAAAAGUACACAUGCCUGCUCGGCCCUACAGAAUGCUGAACAACUUUGUGUUCAACAAAAAGAUGGACUUCAAUGAAGAUCUUUCAGGGCUAACCAACAUGUUUAAGACUCCAGCGAAGGAGGAACCACAAAUGAGUGUAUGUCCCACCACGUCUUCAGAUUCAGAGAAUUCGCUUGGAAAGACAUUUCAAGUCCCUGAUGUGGGAGAAAAACCUCUACUGUGCACUUCAGAAAAUUUGGGAGAGAAUAUGUUCCUCAGAACUCAGAAUGCACCAAAGGAGCUGUCUGAUACAAGUUCUACAAGCCCUCCCUUGAGACGACCGAGCAUUAGAGUAAAUGCAGAUAGUGUGAAGACCCCCAGGAAUGUCUGUAAAACACCAGGUGUCGAGAUGAGAACCCCAAGACUGGAGGCAGCCUCUCCAAAGAUGGCAUCAAGUGCAAACAAGUUCAGAAGGUCUGCACAGCUCCCAAAUGCACAGGUGCCAAGGGUGGAGUGUAAGAACAGGAAAGAAGAAACAGAACCUGAUAUCGUGGCGAGGGUCUCAGGAAGAUGUCUAAGGGAAACUCCUCUACAAGAACAGAAGCCAGAGGGGGAGAUGAAGGAGAGAGGAAAGCCCUCUGGGACAUGUAAGGUGGACAUCGAAUCGAAAGAGAACACUGAAAAGAUGAUGACUGUGAGGAGAUCAAGAUCUUCAGAGUGGAAAUGUGAACCAACAGCAGACCUGACUGCCCUCCAGCCAUCACGAGACACAAACCCCAAGGAGGACCAGGUGGACGUCCAAAGUCCCCUACACACCCCAGGUCUCAGCAAGGAACCAGGGAAUGGUGAGAGCACAACAAAAUUGCACUGUAAAUCUCCCAAACCAGAACCAAUCAGCACACCAGCCAGGACAAACACACCACCCAAGACACCCCUGGGGAGAGUGGGUGCGCAGGAAGGGGUCUCGGCCCUCAGGAUGCCCACAAAGACACGUGGCGGAGCCACAGCCUCACACGGAGAACCGGGAGGUGAUGAUAAAGGCAUCACAUUGCUUAACGGAACCCCAAAGCAGAAACAGGACCCUACAGGAAAUAUAACGGGACCCAAGAGGAGGCCGAGAACUCCCAAGGCAAAGGCCCGACUUCUGGAAGACCUGGCUGGCCUCAGCGAGCUCUUCCGAUCCCCAGAUCAUGCCAAGGAUCCCGUGACUGACGAGCACACCACUAAUAUACUCUGCCCGUCACCACAACCAGAGCUGGUCACCACGUGCCCCGGCCUGAGCAGAAGGCUCAGGACACCUCCCUGCAAAGUGGAUGUAGAAGAGCUCUCGGCUCUCAGGAAUCCCACACAGACACCAGGGGGAACCACGUCCUCCCCCCGAAAACCAGGAGGUGGUGACCGAGCCACUGCAGUGAGUGAGGAAGCUCCAGAGCCGAAACUGGACCCUGCAGAAUAUGUAACUGGAAGUAAGAAGCGGCCGAGAACUCCCAAGGGAAAGGCCCAACUCCUGGAAGACCUGGCUGGCCUCAGCGAGCUCUUCCGAACCCCAGAGCACGCCAAGGGGCCUGUGACCGAUGAGCACACCACCAAAAUGCCCUGCAAAUCUCUGCAAGCAGAGCUGGUCACCAUGCCGACAAGCAAGAAGAAAGGGCCCCGGACACCCCUGGGGAGAGUGGGUGCGCGGGAAGGGCCCUCAGCCCUCAGGACGCCCACACAGACACCUGGCGGAGCCACAGCCUCACACGGAGAACCGGGAGGUGAUGAUAAAGGCGUCACAUUGCUUAAGGGAACCCCAAAGCAGAAACAGGACCCUACAGGAAAUGUAACUGGACCCAAGAAGAGGCCGAGAACUCCCAAGGGAAAGGCCCAACUCCUGGAAGACCUGGCUGGCCUCAGCGAGCGCUUCCGAUCCCCAGAUCACACAGUGGGACCCGUGACUGAUGUCCAGACCACCAAAAUGCCCUGCACAUCUCCCCAGCCAGAACCAGCAAUCAUACCAACCAGCAUGAAGGGAUGGCUCAGGACACCUGUGCAGAUAGUGGAUGGAAAAGAUGACCUCUUGACUCUCAGGACACCCACACAAACACCAGGGGAAACCACACAGUUACACAGAGAAACAGGAGGUGGUGACGAAGCCAUUAAAGUGCUUAAGGGAGCUCCAAAGCAGAACCUGGACCCUGCAGAGAAUGUAACUGGAACCAAAAGGCACCCGAGAACUCCCAAGGGAAAGGCCCAAUUCCUGGAAGACCUGGCUGGCCUCAGCGAGCUCUUCCGAACCCCAGAUCACACAGUGGGACCCGUGACUGAUGACCAGACCAUGAAAAUGCCCUGCAAAUCUCUGCAAGCAGAGCUGGUCACCACACCAACAAGCAAGAAGAAAGGGCCCCAGACACCCCUGGGGAGAGUGGGUGCGCGGGAAGGGCCCUCAGCCCUCAGGACGCCCACACAGACACCUGGCAGAGCCACAGCCUCACACGGAGAACCGGGAGGUGAUGAUAAAGGCAUCACAUUGCUUAACGGAACCCCAAAGCAGAAACAGGACCCUACAGGAAAUAUAACGGGACCCAAGAGGAGGCCGAGAACUCCCAAGGCAAAGGCCCGACUUCUGGAAGACCUGGCUGGCCUCAGCGAGCUCUUCCGAUCCCCAGAUCAUGCCAAGGAUCCCGUGACUGACGAGCACACCACUAAUAUACUCUGCCCGUCACCACAACCAGAGCUGGUCACCACGUGCCCCGGCCUGAGCAGAAGGCUCAGGACACCUCCCUGCAAAGUGGAUGUAGAAGAGCUCUCGGCUCUCAGGAAUCCCACACAGACACCAGGGGGAACCACGUCCUCCCCCCGAAAACCAGGAGGUGGUGACCGAGCCACUGCAGUGAGUGAGGAAGCUCCAGAACCGAAACUGGACCCUGCAGAAUAUGUAACUGGAAGUAAGAGGCGACCGAGAACUCCCAAGGGAAAGGCCCAACUCCUGGAAGACCUGGCUGGCCUCAGCGAGCUCUUCCGAACCCCAGAGCACGCCAAGGGGCCUGUGACCGAUGAGCACACCACCAAAAUGCCCUGCAAAUCUCUGCAAGCAGAGCUGGUCACCACGCCGACAAGCAAGAAGAAAGGGCCCCGGACACCCCUGGGGAGAGUGGGUGCGCGGGAAGGGCCCUCAGCCCUCAGUACGCCCACACAGACACCUGGCGGAGCCACAGCCUCACACGGAGAACCGGGAGGUGAUGAUAAAGGCGUCACAUUGCUUAAGGGAACCCCAAAGCAGAAACAGGACCCUACAGGAAAUGUAACUGGACCCAAGAGGAGGCCGAGAACUCCCAAGGGAAAGGCCCAACUCCUGGAAGACCUGGCUGGCCUCAGCGAGCGCUUCCGAUCCCCAGAUCACACAGUGGGACCCGUGACUGAUGUCCAGACCACCAAAAUGCCCUGCACAUCUCCCCAGCCAGAACCAGCAAUCAUACCAACCAGCACGAAGGGAUGGCUCAGGACACCUGUGCAGAUAGUGGAUGGAAAAGAUGACCUCUUGACUCUCAGGACACCCACACAAACACCAGGGGAAACCACACAGUUACACAGAGAAACAGGAGGUGGUGACGAAGCCAUUAAAGUGCUUAAGGGAGCUCCAAAGCAGAACCUGGACCCUGCAGAGAAUGUAACUGGAACCAAAAGGCACCCGAGAACUCCCAAGGGAAAGGCCCAACUCCUGGAAGACCCGGCUGGCCUCAGCGAGCUCUUCCGAUCCCCAGAGCAUGCCAAGGGGCCUGUGACCGAUGAGCACACCUCCGCAAUACUCUGCCCGUCCCCACAAGCAGAGCCGGUCACCACACGAACAAGUAGAAAGCGACGGCUCAGGGCACCUGCGGACCUAGGGGAGGAGCUCUCAGCCCUCAGGAAGCCCACACGCCGACAACCAGGAGGAGAUGGUAAAGGCAUCCCACUGUUUUGGGAAACUGCAAGGCAGAAACUGGGCUCUGAAGAAAAUGUAACUAGGACCAAGAGGCGACCAAGAGCGUGUAAGGAAAAGGCCCAGCCCCUGGAAGACCUGGCCGGUUGCAAAGGGCAUUUCCGAACGUCAGAUCACGCCGAGGGACCCACGGCCAAUGACCAGACCACUGAAGAGCCCUGCAAACCGCAAGCAGAGCCAGUCCCCAUGCGGACAAGUAAGAGACAGCUCAAGGUACCUCCCCAGAAAGCAGGUGCGUGGGCAGAGCUCCCGGCCCUCAGGACGCCCACACAAACGCCCAAGGGACCCAUGGCCUCACACAGAGAACUGCAAGGUGGUGAUAAAGGCGCCACGUUGCUUAAGGAACCUGCAGAACCAAAACAGGACCGUGCAGGAAAUGUAACUGGAACCAACAGGAGGCCAAGAACAUGUAAGGAAAAGGUCCAAGCCCCGGAAGACCUGCCUGGAUGCAAGGAGCGCAUCCAAAGCCCGGAGCAUGCCAAGGAGCCGGGAAAUGAGGCAGCGAGCAUUGAGCCAUCUCCAAAGCAAACACCAGACAGAAGGAAGCCUGUGAAAAUGUCUGGAAGAGCCCUUAGGGCCCUUAAAGUAAAACCCACGGAAGACCCUGUAAAACCACACAGCGAAAGCAGCAUCUCCUUGCCUCCCAAGAGGAAACGUGGAGAAGACGGAAGUGCCACAGGAACGAAGAGGCUGCCCACCCUGACUGCCCCACAGGAAAGCGGGGACGAGAAGCCACUCCAGAAAAGACGGCGGGAGUGUCGUAGACCCCCUGAGGCCCCAGUCAUCAAGAGAAGUUUGAGGAUUUUGGAAAAAAGGAUCAAACCUGUGGAGGACCUGCCCAGCAGCCACAUGAAAAUGAGAAAACCGGGACGAACCGAGGAGGACGUGACCUCUCCAGAUCAGGUGACGGGGAUGUCCCUGCGCUCCAGACGCCCAAAUAACACCAACGUGGAAGAGCAAAGACCUGAGCUGCAUAUACCAGAAGAAAAGAUCAAAGUAAAGAGGAAUGAGAAGACGUCCAUGAAGACCUCCCAAGAGGUGAAGCUACAGAACCCAGACGAGGGGGCCAAGAAUCCCAGCUCCAAGGAGACCCACGGGGGCAGAAGGGGUCUGAGAUCGCAAACACUCAAGGUGUCCUUGCCUAACACAGCAGGGGAGGAAAGUGUGGGAAUCCAUGGGGGAAAUCAGAAGGAGAAAGAAGGAAAAGAACCUGCAGGCUUCAGGAGUCUGAGGUCAAGGAAGAGAACAGCUCCUCCUCCGGGGACCGCCGUGGAGAGUUCAUCCGAGGCAUCCGAGCGGAGAGUGACUCGGGGUGCCAAGAGAUGCGCCGAGAAUAUUAAAAAGGAUAACGACAAUGCAGGCAUCAAGAAAAUGAGAACCAGGAGCUGUCGGAACACUGAAGAUACUUAGCUGAGAAAUGUAAAAGCGAGAAGAGUAAUGCCUGGGAUUCGCCCACCUCCUGCUUCAUAAGAGCAUUCGCCCUAGUCCUGAACUCAGUUCCCCUGGGAGUCCCGUAAAUUUAGUUUAUGUUCUUGUACAAUAUUUGCCAUGAAUAUAAAAGUGAAUUCUGUAAAUAAUGCUACCUGGGUGUUUAGGGGAAGAGAGCUUAGAAUCAUGUGGCUUUGAAUGGUUUAUUCAGGAACUCCACAGCAGGGUCAUGAAGAGGACUACCUGGUCCCAUAAAGUGAUAAAGAUACAAAAUUUGGGAGCAGAGGAGUUGGGCCGAGGUAUGGCCUUCAACUUUGCCAGGUGAAGUCCUGACCUGUGUCUCUGGCCCUCGCCACGGUGCCAAAUGCACCUGCCCCUGUUGAUGUCCUCCCUCAGAAGGCGGAAGGCGGGGCCUUCUGUCCUCGCGUCCCCAGCGCCGGGCUGGCACUCAGGAAACACGGAUGAGUGAUGAGACUGAGAAGCUACAUCUUUCCACUGGGGAGAUGAGGUCCAUGCACUCGGGCUGUCGGUCUUCUGCACAGGACGGUCCUGUCCUUGGUGUCUGUCACUAAGGGAAUUUGGGAUUUGGAGGACUGCUUGUGAACCCGUCUUCAGGGCACAGAGCUUCCUGUAGUAAGGGCUGACUGGUGGCUUGCCUUUUCCACUUUAGGGAAUAUCUGUCUUAACUAGCACUCCUAUCAUUUGAAAAGGCCUCCACCCAUCACAUCAGGGCCACCAGCCACCGUGUCACUCAAUUCCAGUGGUAGCAUUCUUCCUGACUGUACCUGUUGGACUGAACUAGUGCCCAGCAUGCCACCGUGUACAGGAAACGCAGACCCUUCUCCAGAGGAAGCCAUUUCUGACAACAACAGCACAAGGCUCCUCCCCCACAACUUCCAGGAGCUGACUUUUGAGCCAAUGCCUCCUGUAUCGUUUUAAGCCCAGAUUUCUUUCUUCAGCCUCAGACCCACAGAUGAGCAUUUUUAUGUUCCAUCUUGUCCUGUUCCUGAAGUCAGAAAGUUGUGCGCCUUCCCUCCAGGCCCAUCUGAGGGCCUCCCACUCACCUGCUCAGACAGGUUAAGCUGAGGAAUGGAAGACGAGAAAGGGUAGCUGUCCCCUGAAUGUGCACAGUAGCCAUGCCCCUGUCAGCCCACUCCUGUGUGCCCUGCACUGGCUUGGAGCCAGGUUCACAUAAUAAAUGACUGUGGAAUGAACACACGAAUCCA